AUGAACUGCACAUCUGAGCCGUCUCCUUCAGAGGCCCCUGAGGAGGUUGAUGGGGCGGCAAUAGCAGCUUGUGUGAUCCUGGGCCUUGCCUUCCUGAUCGGAGCUCCAGGGAACCUCCUCGUGAUCUGGGUUAUCCUGAGAUACAUCAAGCAGCGCUUUCACACUGUGGUUCUCCUCCUGCAUCUGGCGGUGGCAGACUUACUGACCCUCAUCACCCUGCCUCUGUGGAUCUACUCCCUGCAGCGCACCUGGGUGUUUGGAGAGACAGUCUGCAAGCUUGUUGUGUACAUUGUCAUGGCGUGCAUGUUCAGCAGCAUCUUCUUUAUCACCCUAAUCAGUGUGGAGCGCUUUCUAGCCAUCUGUCACCCUUUCCUGAUGAUGCGCUGGAAGAGUAAGCGCAACAUUAACAGAUGCCUUUUGGUAUUGUGGCUUUUUGCUUUGCUUCUAGGAGUUCCUGCACUGAUCACUCAAACUUUGGAUGAAAGGGAUGGUGCUAAGCAUUGUUUGACCAAGGAAUUCACUUCGGACACCCUAACAAUCACCUUCUUGUGUUUGGAAACCUUACUGGGCUUUGUCCUUCCUUUAAUUACUCUUUGUGUUUGUUACUGUCUUGUAGAUGUGCAGCUCAAGAAAAUGAGUUUCACCUCAAAACAGAAAUCCAAAGUUCUUAUUCACACCGUGAUGGCUGUUUUUAUACUAUGCUGGCUGCCUUAUCACGUUGUUAACAUUAUUGAUGUGGUGUGUCAUCUGUUUUUUGACACACAUGAAUGUGUGCCAAGGAGUCUUGUCCUUAGCACUGGUGCACUCGUUUUUAUUAGCAGUUCAGUGAAUCCUGUGUUGUACACUUUCUUCGCCAGGAACAUGACAGAAAGUCUCGGCGAGUCUCGUCUGGUCAGGCUGUUCAAGGAAGUCACAUCACAUGUGGUACGUGAGGUG